AUGAGCCAAAAAAACAAGGAUCAAAACAAGAGCUAACUUUAGCUCAAAAUAGAUUAAAUUUCUUAGCAAUACUAAAACGACGAAUGGGAAACUUAUUUCUACUUUUUUAAAAGGCAUAAGAAUUAUUUAACAGGCCCAAAAAGUCAGCAGUUAAGGAACCUAACGCCAGGUGUUAGUGAUUUAAAAGUAGCAAGUAAUAGGAUUGAAACAUCACAGUACAAUUGGCUUACAUUUUUGCCUAAAAAUCUAUUCAUUUAAUUUAGUAGGCUAGCAAAUAUAUACUUCGUGCUUAUAGGUGUUUGCUAGACGGUGAAUGUAAUAUCUACAACAAAUGGAAAGCCUGCGAUAUAUCUCACUCUAUCCAUAAUCACUGUUGUUUGCAUGAUUAAAGACAUUAUUGAAGAUCGAAAAAAACAUAUAGCUGACCGCAAAGAAAAUGAAUCGAAGGUCAAAAGACUCAACACUAAUACUAAUCAAUUUGAGGAGAUCUAUUGGUAAAACCUCUAUAUUGGUGAUAUUGUUAGAGUAGAAGAAAGUGAGUAAUUUCCAGCUGAUAUUUUAAUACUUCAAACGACAUUGCCAAAUGGAGAUUGCUACGUUGAAACAAAAAAUCUUGAUGGUGAAACCAAUUUAAAAAGGAAAAUAGGUUUUGCGCCUUAGAUUCUUUAGUCUGUAGAUAUUAAUAACAAUUUCGAAUAGCUACUCAAUUAUUAGCUUAAGUACGAAUAGCCAAAUUAGUAGAUGUACAACUUUAAUGGUAUAAUGACUAACAAUUAAUCUGGAAGUUAAUAUCCAAUCAACAUCAAUAAUAUAUGUCUUAGAGGUUCUUGUUUAAAAGCAACAGAUUAUAUCUAUGGAAUGAUUAUAUACACUGGUCAUCAAUCUAAAAUUCUUCUAAACUCUUAAAGAUCGAGAUAUAAAUUCAGUGGGAUAGAAUUAAAUUUGAAUAAAAUGAUCAUUUGGAUUUUUAUUCUUCUUAUCUUAAUUUGUUUGUUUUCUGCUUCAUAUUAUCAAAUUUGGGUUAAGGAUUAUGAAAAUUAAGCUGUAUAUCUCUAAAUUGAUAACAAAUCAUUUGGUGGAAACAAUGUUGAAACAUUUUUUGUUUACAUUCCUUUAUGGAUUUUGCUGCUUGCCCAUUUUGUUCCAAUUUCUUUAAUGGUUACUUUAGAAAUAGUCAAGUUCGGAUAAGGAUUGAUUCUGUAGUUAGAUAGAAAUUACAAGAAUAUUAAUGACGAUGAAUUCGUAGACGUUAAAAGUUGUAAUUUAUGUGAAGAAUUAGGCAGAGUCAAGUACGUAUUUAGUGACAAAACAGGUACAUUAACUAUCAACUAAAUGAACUUCAAAGCUUUAUGCUUAAAUAAAAAAAUAUAUGAAAAAUAAAAUGAAACUGUUCAUUCAGAAACUAUUUUAAAGAGUGAAGAACUUGACGUAGCUCUUGCCCAGAGCGUAAAAACUCAGAGCUUGGAAUUGGAAGGAAUGAAUUGUUUGAAUCUAUGUCACACUUUGAUUAUAGAAAAGAAGAAUAACUCUCUUAUCUACAAUGGUACUUCGCCUGAUGAAGAGAGUAUUUUAAAGUUCUGCUACAAUUAAGGGUAUUAUUUCUAGGAAGAGGAUAUCAAUAAAGUUAUGUACAUUUAAUCUAACUAAUUGAAAGAAACUUUAAAAUUUUAAAGAAUCGCUGUGCUUGAGUUUGAUUUUGAAAGAAAAAGAAUGUCAGUAAUUGUUUAAGACAUGUAAACAUAAGAAUACAAAUUGUAUUGCAAAGGGGCUGAUUUAAAUAUUUUUGAAACUUGUGCUCCUAAUUAAGAUGAUGUCAUUGAAAUUACUAAAAAUAACUUAUCGUAUUUCUCUUUAAAAGGACUAAGAACACUAGCUUUUGGAUAUAAAAUCCUGACUAAAUAGCAGGUGGAUUAUUAUCUAAAUAGGAUAUAGCAAAUUAAGUUAGAAAUUUCAGAAUAGGAUUAAAAAGAAUAGCAACUUAAUAUCCAAAUGGAAAAAGAUUUAAUUUUGUUAGGCGGAACAGGCAUUAAUGACAGACUUCAAGAUGAUGUUGAAUACACACUAAAAAAUUUAAAAACUGCAGGUAUAAAAGUGUGGAUGCUAACAGGAGAUAAAGUAGAAACAGCUCAAAAUAUCGCUUAAUAAUGCAAUUUAACCACUCCAACAACAGACUUGGCAAUACUCAGUUUUGAUAAGUUUGAUGAAACUGUUGAGACUUUAAUUGAUGAAUACUACAAUAAAAUAGGAAAAUCAGAUUAUAGUGUCUUAAUUACAGGUUAUUCUUUAUACGCAAUUGAUUCACAUUUUAAUCCUAUGAAUAUCAUAAGAUUAUCUCAAUCUGGUACACUAACAAAUAAUCGAACAAAGGCUCUGAAUUCUAGAUAAAAGUUACUUAAGAUAUUAGUUAAUUCACAAACUGUCAUUGCUUGUAAAGUUACUCCUAGACAAAAGGCAGAACUAGUUAGCUUUGUAAAAAAACUCUGCCCCUAAGAUACUACUUUAGCAAUCGGAGAUGGUGCUAAUGAUGUAUCAAUGAUUACAACAGCUCACAUUGGUAUCGGAAUAAGAGGAAAAGAAGGAAGACAAGCUGCUAAGAUAUCCGAUUUUUCGAUUGGUGAAUUCAGACAUUUAAAUAGGUUAAUUUUAUACCAAGGGUAAGAGUGCUAUAGAAAAAAUACAUAGCUUGUUUUUUACAAUUUUUAUAAAAAUUAAGUUACUUUCUUGGUAACUUUUUGGUACAACUUUUUCUCAGCUUAAAGUGGUAUUUAUAUCUAUGAUCAAUGGGUUAAGGAGUUAUAUAAUUUAUUAUUUACUUCUUUGCCAAUCAUUCUCUAUUGCUGGUUCGAUGAGAUGUAUCCUGCCCACGAAUACUGCACUGUAUUCUAAUGUCUACCAAAUAGAUUAGAAAAAAUGCCACUAUUAUAUAAAAGAAAUUUAGAAAAACCUUAAUUUACUACCUUUAACUUUUGGAAAGAAUUUUUCAAAGGGUCCAUUCAAUCAAUAUUGAUAUUAUUUAUUGGCAUGUUGUGUUUAAACGAUGUCUCGGAUAAACACCAACACUAAGCAAGCCAUUUAGAUAUGGGCACACUUGUAUUUACUUUAGCAGUAAUAGCUCCAAACUUAAGAGUGUUUUAAUUACAUAAAACACACUAUCCCUUUACUUUAUUUUUUUUAUCUGCUAGCGUUUUAAUUUAUUUUGUUGCUCUUCUCAUAGCAAGCAAAAUUUUAGCUCUCGACAGUUUCGGAAUGGCUCAUAGUGUCCUUGGAGUAGGAGGAACAUAUAUAGGUAUACUUUUGAUGGUUGUAACCUUCUACAUUAUUCAAAGGGCAUUUGAUGACUGGUCCUACUUUACUGAAAAAAUGAAAUCUUAAGAUUUUGAACAAAUUUUUGAAAAAGAAGAAUUAGAAAAAUAAACAGUAAUUUCUUCAGAUUAAAAAAGCGUACGCUAGUAAUCUUCUCAAUAAAAUAUGAUUGAAAUAAUGUGCUUUAAUAAAAACAGCAACAUCAACAAUAAUAAUAUGGAUUAUGUAGACGAAUCAAACACAUUUAAAAAGUGA